AUGGCGAAUAAAUCAGUCUAUGAUUUCUCUGCUGAGACCCUGGAUGGACAGCCGGUUCCGCUCAGUAACUACAGGGGUAAGGUGCUUCUCAUCGUCAAUGUUGCCACCUUCUGAGGGUCAACGAUAGAGGAGUACCAUCGACUGAAUGCACUGAUGGAAAUGUUUGGCGACCUCGGCUUCACUGUCUUAGGAUUCCCCUGCAACCAAUUUGGUCUUCAGUCACCUGAGGUGAAUCAUGAAACCCUCAAUAUUCUGAAGUAUGUAAGACCUGGUGGGGGAUUUAUGCCAAAGUUUCCUGUCUUUGGCAAGGUUGAGGUGAAUGGAUUAAAUGAAGAUCCUCUUUUCACCUAUCUAAAGGAAUCUUUGCCAUUUGUGAACCCUGUUAUUGGAGAUAUAAAGAAAUUUUACUGGUCCCCAAUCAAAGUCAAUGACAUCCGGUGGAAUUUUGAGAAAUUUCUCAUAAAUGCAGAUGGCAUGCCCUUCAAAAGGUAUGAACUUCACUGCCCCAUUGAGAAAGUGGAGAAGGACAUAGCAGAACUUCUCUGA